AUGAAAAUACCUACCUGUCAAAUAUUCGCGUGGACGGAUUCCACGAUAGUCCUCUCUUGGCUCUUCGGGAAUCUGUCUAGGUGGAAUACAUUCGUGAGAAACAGAGUUGUUGAGAUCUUAGAUAACAUUGGCAACCAGAACUGGUAUCACGUUCAAUCACAAGACAACCCUGUUGAUGCUGCUUCUAGAGGGAAGCAUGUGCUAGAUCUAAAAGAUGAUAAAAUGUGGUGGAAUGGUCCUGAAUGGCUAAGCACAAGUAAUAUUAAAUACAGCAGAUCAGAAACCAUAACAACGAACCUAGAAAGAAAGAUCAUAUCAGUACAAGUAAAUCUAAAACAAACAAGCGGAAGUUAUAGUAUAGCUACUGAGUUUAGCAGAUGUGAUAAUUUAACAGAGCUAUUGAAAAUUAUAACAUAUUGUAAAAGAUUCUUAAAAGGAAGGGAAUUAGGAAAUAAGGAAACUACAAUAACUACAAUAACAAGGAAAUUAGAAGAAGCUUUAAAAAUAUGUAUAAAAAUUGUACAAAGGGACACAUUUGAAGAAGACAUACAAACCUUACCUAGAUCAUGA